GGAGCAGCGCGCCGAUAAACAAGAUGGAGGCGGACGCAUCUCGCGGACACACAGCGGAGACGUUUCGCACCUACGAGGAUUUGCUGGAUAAUCACGUUAAGCCCCUCGAUCUGUUUUACCUCGAGGAUGAGGAGCUGGCACGUCAGCUGGUGCAACUGGGCUAUAGGGGUAGCAGAAAAGUCAUGACGAAGGAGGACUUUGAGAGAGCAAAAGCAGUGGCAGAGGAGGAGUCCAGGCUCGCUAGGAGUCAGCAGCAACAGAAGCCUUUGGCGAGCAUGGGUGCAGACUUGGAGGACAACUUCCUGAGAGCCCUGGCAGAGAGGGAGGAGCCUAACAGGAAUGGGAAAAUGACCUCUAUUAUCUUCAUUAGGGAUCACAAUUGUCUAGGACAUGAAAUAUCUGGGUACGUAGACUACUGCCACAGACUGAAAACUGAAGACUUCAGACAGUAUUUCAAAAGAACAAAGAAACUUUUGCCAAGACCAACUGACUUAAGUUUCUACAAUUGGAACACACAUAUUUGUACCACCAACUCAAGUCCAAAUUUUGAGGUCUGCACCGAGGAUUUAGGUGGUUUGCUCUUUGUAAACAAAAGAGACCAAAAAAUCCUGAAUGUGGAUCCACAGGCUAAACCCGGGCACAGCUCAAUACGGACCCCCCUCCGGUCGGAUCUCUACCUUCAAGUUGUCAUCUUUGAUCAUAUUACCAGAAGGAAGAUAUAAGAUGAUGUGACUUCCUUUAUGCUUAGAAAUGCUGCGCUCUUAGCAGUUAUUUAAUAUAAACUUUAUUUUGGGCGAUUUCCAAAAUUCUACAGACAAGAUGCGGGAGAACAUUUUAAAAUGAAUUUGAGGAAGCACUUCUUUACACAGCGUGUAGUUGGAGUAUGGAAGAGUCUUCCUGCUAGCGUAGCGCAAGCUAAAACCCUGGGUUCCUUUAAAUCAGAGCUAGAU